AUGAAUGGUCAUAUAGAUUUUAUUCCUUCUCAAGAAAACCUUAGAGCUUUUUAUUUUGGUCUUGAUGAAAUGGAUUGGAUUAAUGUUAAAUUAAAAGCUGGAAGAAUAGUUCCAGCAUUAGCUACUACAACACCAGUAGUUUCAGGAUUAUAGUCUAUAGAAUUAGUCAAAGACUUAAAAAAAUGUAAAUUGGAAAAUAUGAAGAAUAGAUUCAUUAAUUUAGCUGUUUCUAUUGUUUAACUGACUGAACCUAUGAAAGAUGAAACUAUCAAAUUAAAUGAAGAAAUCAAUGUUACUUUAUGGGAUAGAUGGGAGGUGAGAUUAGGAAAAGAAAUCACUUUGAAGAGUUUAUUCUAACACUUAAAAUAAACUUAUCAUUUAGAACCAACUAAUGUAUUCAAAUAAUCCUCAGUCAUUUAUAUGCAUGAUCUUCACAAAGGAUAGAAUCUAUUUACAUAACCCAUUUUUGAAUUACUAGAUGUUAAGGUAUAUAUUUAUCAUAUCAUUUUUUUAGACUGAUUAUUUAGAUUUAGUAAUUAAUCUUGUGAAAGAUGAACAAAUAUUAAAGAAUGUACCUGAAGUUAAAGUUUAACCAAUGAUGUCUAUUAUAUGUAUAAAUUAUCAAAAUAAAUAUAUGUGUUUCUAAACUUAUAUGUCUAGUUACAAUUACUACUUAAAAAAUUAUAAAAAAUUGAUGGGAAAUUGUUGUAGAUAAUCUAUAAUAUUAUAAUAUUAAAUAGGUAACUUAUUCAUAUAAAAAUAGAUAUUAUCAUUAAGAUAUUAAAAUGA